UCAUUAACAAUGGCAAAGCUCCUUCUGGUAUCAGCCUCUGCACUAGUCUUUGUCAUCCUAUUGCUCGAGCUUAGGUUGGCUUACUCUUCAGCUGAACCACAAAGGCCAAUAAAGGAAACUUGGGAAGCCAAUAAUGCAGCUGUUAACACCGGUGGCUGCACCACAAAGAGCAAGGCCAACUUUGAUAAGCAGCAAUCAGAUUUAGGCAUGGCAGCUCAACCUCCUCCACGCCUUUGGAGACGAAUGGAUCGAGGUAGGGACCAUGAUCAUCCAAGACCAGGAACAAGUCCACCACAUUCUACACCUGGCGGACGUCCUUAGUACAAGGAUCAUGUCUUGUCUAAGAUUUGUAGUGACAGUAGGGAUAUCAUUGGAUUUCACAGCAAAAACUCUUACCUGUGUAUCCAUUGCAAUGUCUUCAUUCUUGAUUUCCUGCCCAUAUAUAUGUAUGAAAUUGUUUCGAUAGUUAAAUAAAAUGUGUAGUGACCUGACAACGUGUCGGUCAAAUAAA